CGUCAGAAGGAGGAAAUGACAGUCUUUCCCUAAGCUUGGACGAGGAAAGGAGCAGCGCCUGAAGCGGAGGUUUAACAAUAAUCAGAUCAUCUUCAGAUAUGGGGAGAGGAAGAGGCUGCCAUUCCCUUUAACUACUAGAUGGAUGUGACAGAGGAGACGUGCCAGCUGGACAUGGCUGAAAUGAAGGAAUGGACUAUAAAUAUUAAGAAGGAGGACUGUGAGUUGGGACAUGCCUACCAUAAGCAGGAGAGUGUAUGCAUUAAGAAUGAGGAUUUUGAACAGGGGAUUGUGGUAAUUAAGGAAGAGACUGAGGAGAAGCCUGUCGUCAGUGAUGUCCAAAAACACAAAGCAAUAGAGCAAGUCAAGGAAGAAGACAUUCAGUCUGGGAGUCAAGAUGGAGGAGUAAGUGGAUUAGUCUCCUCUCCAAGUAGAAACUGUUCUGUUGAGGAGCAUCCUGCCGGUGUGAAGUCUGAUAUUGAUUCAGACACAGCUGAGGAAACAUCAAGGAGAACCUGGGAAAAUCAGUCGUCAUCUACAGAUCAGUCCGAUGAAGAUACACAGGAGAGUCUCGGCUUUUUUCCAUCUUUAUUUACUCAGACAUUAUUUCAUGAUACAUUACAACAGACACAACAUGUUGAAAAUAUGACGAAAUCAACAUCCGAAUCAAAGAUUUUGACACUGGCCUCUUUGCCAUUGAAUCCCCUCUCAGUUGGGAAACUACCAAAGAUAGACUCAAUUAAUACUCGACAACAUGUGAAAAAUACAAAUUCAAGUGCGUGCCAAGAGGAAAGGACAAGUUUUAAUGAUAAACAGGUGAACCCUACAAAACAGAAGCCAUAUAGUUGUUCUGAUUGUGGAAAGGAGUUUUCAAGAAGAUGGAGUUUUCAGGCCCACACAACAAUUCAUACUGGAGAGAAACCAUAUUGUUGUUUGGAAUGUGGUAAACGAUUCUCACACGGCAAAUAUCUUCAAUGCCACAUAAGAACUCACACAGAAGAGAAGCCGUAUUGCUGUUCUGAAUGUGGGAAACGAUUUCCAAGAAGGGGCCACCUGAUAGACCACACAAAAAUUCAUACUGGAGAGAAACCAUACGGUUGUUCCGAAUGCGGAAGACAAUUUACAACAGCAGGUGCGUUUGAAACCCACAAAAGAAUUCAUAUUGCGGAGAAACCAUAUUGUUGUUCUGAAUGUGGAAAACAGUUUUCAAGAAAAAACAGUCUUGACAUUCAUGAAAAAAUCCAUACUGGAGAGAAACCACAUUUCUGUUUGGAGUGUGGUAAACGUUUUUCACACAGGAAAUAUCUUCAGACCCACCUAAGAAUUCACAAAGAAGAGAAACCAUAUUGCUGUUCUGAAUGUGGGAAACGAUUUAUAUGUAGGGCCUACCUGGUGGUGCACACAAAAAUUCAUACUGGGGAGAAACCCUAUUGUUGUUCUGAAUGCGGAAGGCGAUUUUUAACAGCUGGCAGGUUUGAGACCCACAAAAGAAUCCAUACUGGAGAGAAACCAUAUUGCUGUUUGGAAUGUGGCAAAAGAUUUUCAGACAGGAAUGUUCUUCAGAAUCACGCAAAAAUUCACACUGGAGAAAAGCCGCAUUGCUGUUUUGAAUGUGGGAAAAGGUUUAUGAGUCGGGGCUAUCUGAAGUUGCAUACCAAAAUUCAUACUGGAGAGAAACCGUAUUGUUGUUCUGAAUGUGGGAAACAGUUUUCAAGAAAAGACCAUCUUAACCGCCACUUGAUAAUUCACUCUGAAGAAACGCCGUAUGGCUGUUCUAAAUGUGGCAAACAAUUUUCAAGAAAAGACAGUCUUACCAGCCACUUGAAAAUUCAUACCGGGGAAACGCCACAUGGCUGUUCGAAAUGUGACAAACGAUUCUCUGACAGGAGAAAUCUCAACAGGCACAUGAGAACUCACACAUAGUCCUCAAGAAAAAGAAUCUGAUAAAGCGGGCAAAAACUAAUGAAGUACCAAAAGAUGUGUGAAUAAAACAACUGAGAUUGUGGCAGUCGUUCUGAGAUCAAUAGGCCUUAUCAAAAAAAAGAAAUAAAAUCCAGGCCCAUCUAGACGCCCUACCAGUUAUCAUUACUCCAUACUAAUACAGAUGGACGCUUUAUUAGGGGUCACGGAAGUACUGUGCCAAGUCCUAGAAGCAAAUCUAGGAGAAUAACAACAGUAGUAUCACUUAAACAAAAAUACUUCAUGACACAAGAGUGAAGUUCACUCCUCUCCUGAAAGUAACAAACAAACAAAACCAUUGUCGAGAAAUGAACCCUGGAAGAAGUAAGUGAAGCAUCAACCAAUUAAAGAGAAGAGCAAUAAUAGCAGUAAAAAAUGACUUUCUGACCUAAGAGUGAAGUUCAUCUCGUGUUCCCAGCAAGCAAAUAGAGCCAUUUUGAGAAAGUAACCCUUGAAGUCUGUAGCAGUUCAGAAGGAGGAUGAGAAGGUGAGGAGCAAGGAGAACAAUGCGAUUUUGUUAAGGUCCUGCAGGAGUUCACCUCCCUGAAAGGUCCAUUCUGGCCACUUGGAGGCUCGGGAGAAAUCCAGAUGGCCUGGCCUGUCUUAAAUGAUUUGCGUAUGGUUUUCCCCAACCUCAACCCAACACAGGACAUUACUGGAUACAGGAGGAGAGCAGGCUAAUGAAAUGGAGAGAAAAAUGGCCAGGAGGAGCUGAGAAAAAAGAGAGAAGCCCUGCCUGUCGAUGCUACAUAAUCACAGAAUUAUUGACCUCGGCAAUGGCGUCAAGAUGUAGCCAAAGGUUUAGAGCACUGUCGGGGCGCCGCCGCAAAAACUUUUGUAAAAUAUUUAAAAUUGCUAGUGUUUUUGAACUUUUGGAAGCUCUUAUCUCUGUGAGCAAGGGUUUUCAACACUUACAGAAAUUAAGUCUAAGAAACGCGAGGGACUUCAAAUGAUCGGCAAGGAAAUGCGCGUCUGCCUUUCGAA